GGUAAUACUUUGAUUUGUGGUUGUGUCACAAUAUCUCCCCAACUACGGAACUUGCAAUAAGAAAUGUAGUGCAUAUUUAGAUGUGUAUAUAAGAUUCACCAGUGCUACUACCCCUCACCGACCCUGACAUUGUUCUAGGGUCAUUUUAUUAGAAUCGUCAGCGGUAUGCAAUUGCACCACCACCUGGUCGACGAUAGAAUGAUUUUUAUCGAUAUUCACACCUCUGUUUUGAUUUAUACAAGUGCAGUUGAAUUGCUAACCUUAGUGCAAUUUUAGAUUUUGCGACUACACAAGAUUCAUCCUAUUUGCAUAGCUCGAAUAGAAACCGGAGAGAAUAUAGAAAUGCAUAUAGUUUUUGUGUAAGCUGUUUAUUAAGCUUAAAAUAAUACGUGUGGUGGGAAAUAAAGUGAUUACUACAAUUCCUAAAAACUUUUCAUAAUGAAUCUCAACAAAAUUUUAAUAACUUCUUUCCUAAUUCUCAUGAUAUCUACGUAUCAGACGGAUUCUGGAAUAAUUUUCAGUUUACUACUAAAAGUACUGUUACUUAAAGGUGCUCUAUUUAUGACGAUGCCACUGUCCAUCGGUGCUUUCAUGAUGGGACAAGGCAUGGGAUUCUUUGCAGGAAAUAUGGCUGGUGGUUACAUGAUGCUUCGAGCAGCAAAUCGCUACCAUUAUAAGGAAAAGUCAAAAUGGACAACUGGUGAUUAUGGUGGUGGUGGCGGUGGUGGAAGCGUUGGUGGCUACGGUCACCAUCACGGUGGGUGGGGCGGAUGGAACUCGCACAAGUUUCAUAAUGCCUACGACAAGGGUAAAGACAUUGGAAGCGCACUCCAUGCCCUCGCCGCCCACAAAACUAAACUUGCCUCAGCUUUUGAUAAGGUGAAAACGUUGUUGGGAAGGCACAAGGCACCCCCAAAAGGGUGGGGUUGGGGUCACGGUGGUUAUUCGCACUCUCCAGCGUCGUAUGGUGGUGAGGAUGACCAUGACUCUGGGUACCAAUAUGCCUCCCAUUCCAAGUAUAAACCAGUUACAACCAAAUACGGUAGCCACACCAACUUUGACCCUUACGGACAUUUGAAAAGUGGGGGUCCAACCUAUCGUCCCAAAGGGUAUGGAAGCAGUGGUGGAUACCCAUCCUCAAGUAGUGAUUAUGAUGAAACAAUUCAAAAAGGAAAUUUGAAUUAUCAAAAUUUCUACCCGGCUGUUGCUGUGCAUGAAGGAUCGGGAUCCUCCAGUUACAGCCAAACCAGCCAAGAUCCUUCAAAUACGUAUUACACAUCUGCAUACGACGGACCUGGACAUGAAUACACUGGUAUGCUCACUAAUGCUGAGAUGUUGGACACUUAUCUGCAAUCUGCUCAAGAGAAAUCUUCUUCAGAAGAUGAAGUCUAUGUCACUCCAAAACCAACAAUCCCCUCUAUCAAUGAAGCAUCGACAAUACCACCCAACCCAAUUUUAGAAAAAUAUUUAGAGCAGCGUCUCCAAGAGGAGGCAGCUAAGCAGAAAAGUACAGAACAGCAGUACGAAGCUCAGCAAUUGAUUCAAAUGUUGAGAAAGGCUUAUCUGAAACAAUUGGUGGAUUCUUUAAAAGAGGAAGAAAAAGUGGCGGUACCAACGUCCGCAGAAAAUUCUAGAGGUUCCAGAUCAAUUGAAGAUUCUGGCAUGAAAAACGACAUUAUUCAACGACUUUUAUCCUACAAAUUCUCAAAAACUGGAUCAAGUCAAGAGGAUAAAAUUGAGCGUGCAGAUCACAACAUUUUCGAUGAGAAUGGAAUUGAGUCAAGCAGCAGGUCGAUAAAUGACACACAAGAUUCAACGACAACUAGUACUGAGGCACCAAGUACAAGUUCUGAGAGUUCCGCAAUUAUUAGCAGUACAAAUAAAAUCCUUGAUGAUGAGGAUACCAAUGGUCAAGAGGAGGCCAGUGAUCCGACAGAAGAAAACAAUGUUUCAAGCACUGAAAAGUCCAUCAAUGACUUUUUUGGUAUGAAUGACUUUGUCCAAAUGCCAGCCAUGUGGGUUAAAGUAGAAAAUACGUUCAUUGACGAAACCCAGCCGUUUGCUAUCAGAGUUCGAAGGGGGGCGGAAUCAUCUCUAAAUAAAGCUACACCCCAGGUCACUGAAUCCGCAAAAGUUCCAUCCAUGGCUGACUCCGAGGCACAAGUCGCUUCCUUUGUGGACGACAUAAAGAAAUUUUUCACCCUAUUAACAGUUUUAGACCAGGAUCAAUGUUUGCAAAAACUAGUCUGUGACGUUCACACAAAUCAGAAGGACGCAUCAACCUUGACACAAUACGAACAAAAUAUUCUAACCACUUUUAGGUUGAUGAAGGCCCUGAUGCCGGAGGGGGAUGAGGACAGCACGACCAAGUAUCGGCGUGCAGCGUUGAUUGGAGAAACAGGUCAGUCGUUGGAACUCUGUCAGCAGACGUACAACGGAUGUGGAUUCUCCUCCAGCCAAAUCAUCAGUUUGGGGAGUGAGGCGGAAGCCACGGCGUCGGACUGGGCGGACGCGGGCGCAAUGGCGGCACGGUCAGACUACGUGACGAUGCCUCGAGUCAGGAGAAACCUCCGCUCAUUCUAUUUAUAGUUUUAUUCAAGUCUAAACUAGUUUUCGUAUUUAUGCUUUAUUGAUAAUAUUAUAUUUUUUUACGGAGUAGUUAAUUUAGUCAUAAAGAUAUGUAUACAAGGCCAUAAACUAAAACGGGAACAAUGCGAGCUUGUGUGGUAGUUUUACAGAUAAAUAAGAUGUGAAAUACUUUUAGCCCAUGCCAUUAAUUUACUUCUUUAAUAACAAUCUUCCGAAUUUAUUCCAGUACACAUUAUCCGAUAUGUUGUAUUAUUUUGCUAUAGAGUUGCAUAUAUGUAGAAACAUUAAGAAGUAUAUCGCCUCGUUGGUUGAUUUGUGACUUCGUUUCACGUCACACAAAUUAAAUGUGAUCUUUACCAUGUUCACUACUGAAAAAUUGUUAAGAAAUAAAUUAUUUGUAUAGUUUAUGUA